UGCUUCCACACGCUAAAUCGUUAUAUGACGCUAAGCCGGUGACUAACGAGUCCUUGAAAGACUGGACUCAGAUUCUUAUAAAUUCUGCGUGAUAUAUGUGGAUGAUAGGGAGGUAUAAGACAGCACACGGCAUGGCAGUAAGGGCGCUGAAUACUAGAGAAAGGGCAUAUGGACAAGAAGACCAGUUGACACUAAUAAGUGUUGAUGUCCUUGCGGGCGUGCUGCGGGAUCAGGGGAAGUACUCGGAGGCGGAGAAGCUGAACCGGCGAGCGCUAGAAGGGAGGGAGAAGGAGUUAAGUGUACAUCACCCAGUUACGCUGACGAGCGUGAACAACCUGGCGGGCAUGCUACAAGAUCAGGGGGGGUACUCGGAUGCGGAGAAGCGGAACCGGCGAGUGCUGGAAGGGUAUGAGAAGGAGCUUGGAAUGGAUCAUCCUGAUAUACUUACUUCCGUCUACUGCCUUGCCUAUCUUUUACAUAAGCGCGGGCAAUAUAAGGAGGCGUCCGAGCUCUACCAGAGAGCAUCCAACGGCUACAAGCAG